CGAAGCCCCAUGGCCUGAGCUCCGCGGACACGACGCAUUACAUGUCGGGGAAGGGACUCUACGCAUUCAACACCAUGAUCACAUGUGAUGCCGACCUCUGGAUGUCAGUCCAUGUUUCCUGGGGUCAUGUCAUGACUAGUGGGUAUGGCGGGGGAGCCCUCUCCGUCAGCACCUGGAAGCAAAACUUCGGCUUGCUUGGAGACUCCAGCUAUACAUUAGAACCGUGGUUCCUGACACCAGUGCCCGGACGACCAGCUCGUGGCACCCCUGAUAACCACUACAACAAGGCCCACACCGCCAUGCGCAAUGCUGUGGAGUGGUGCAUCGCGAGGGUACCGAACCCUUGCAAUUCGUGGACCACUUCACCGACAAGUUGA